AUGUCAGAGGCCCCGUCGCACCCGCUCAACAACGACGUCCACGCGGCCCCAUCGCCCUCGUCGCACUCGGCCCCUCCUUCUCCCCUCGACCAUCCUCAGUCCAACACCGCCCGGCAGCACCACUUCACCCCCUCGAGCCUAUGCCACGUCAUCGACUCCAACGGCCUACACAGACCCGCCACCAUCCUCUCGGUGCGCCACAUUCCGCCACCUCAACCCGCCAGCGCCACCAAGCGCGGCGUCGUCGCACCCCUCCAUGACCCUCCGCCUCCCACCACCCUCUACUACGUCCACGUCCACGGCCAAGACAAGCGGCUAGACGCCUGGGUCGACGCCGCCGACGUCAGGCCGCCCUCUGCCACCGACAAUGCUACGCCGUCAUCCAUCGCGAUCGCGACCUCCUCUGCUGCAGGCGCAGCCGCGUCGACCGCCGCCACGCCCGUCUCGGCAGCAAAGGGGAAGCGAAAGAGGGUCAAGCUCGACGAUGCAGACGCAUUCAGCGACGGCAUCCGCUCGCCCACCGUGCGCAGCAGAGUCUCGUCCCCCUCGACGGCAGCCGGCGCCGAAGCUUCCCUUCACGCCACGGCCAGCACCAAUGGACGCGCCCAGCGUCAGCGCUCAGCCUCCGACGCCGCCACCGCGGUCCGCAACAUAGACAAAGUCUACUACGGCGCCUACGAGAUCCGGACGUGGUACUUCAGUCCCUACCCGCUCGAAGACGACCACCCCGCCGACGACCAUCAUGCCGCCUCUCCGCGCACGGCCGCUGGCGGCAGCAACAGCGCCAGCUCGGCCUUGAACCGCAAAACGACAGCAGCAGCAGCAGCAGCAGCCAUGGCAGCGGGCAAGUCGAACGGCAUCGGUCGCAUCAAGCGCGAAAAGAGCAGCCUCGGCCGCGACACGCCGCCGCGAGACCACACCGCAUCCCCUCUCCACCAACCCGCACACCACCACCUCCAUCGAGGCCCAGGCGGAGCGCUCGGGGGCUCGGUCAAGGACGCGCCCGCCGUGGCCGCCGUGCUCGACGCCAGCCCGUCAGAGGCGACGACGACGCGCAAGUCUCACCACGCCGCCACCGCCGGCACCAAUGGCGCCAGAUCCGCCAGUGCCCCGGGCGGACGCAAUCUGUGGAUCUGCGAGGGCUGCUUCAAGUACAUGAAGAGCUACUCGGGAUAUGCCUUUCACAAGAAGCAGUGCACCUACUCGCACCCGCCCGGGCGCAAGGUCUACGAGCGCGGCGGCCACAUCAUCUGGGAGGUCGAUGGCGCCGAUGCCAAGCUCUACGCGCAGAAUCUAUCGCUAUUCGGCAAGCUCUUCAUCGACCACAAGACGCUCUACUUUGACGUGGAGCCGUUCCUGUUCUACGUGCUGACCGAGGCGCAGUCGUCGUCGUUUGACCACGCCGUCGGCUUCUUCAGCAAGGAAAAGCAGAGCUACGACGACUACAACCUGGCGUGCAUCAUCACCUUUCCGCCGUUCCAGCGCAAGUCGUUUGGCACGCUCAUGAUCGAGUUCAGCUACGCCCUCUCGGCGCGCCAGGGCAUGCUGGGCACGCCCGAGCGGCCGCUCUCGGACCUCGGUCUCAAGGGAUACGUGAGCUUCUGGAGUGCCGUCGUCGUCCGGACGCUUCUCAUCGCCUUUGGCAACGGCGGCGGCGGUGCGGGAGGGGAAGGAACGGGAGGCGUCGAUGAAGAUGAGGGUGAUGGGGAAGGCCGGCAGAGGUGGGCAAAGAUGGACGAGAGGAGUAGGGCAUGCGCCAAACUCAAGACGUUGGAGACGAGGUGCAGCCUGCUCGGCCUGCCCCGCGAGGCCAUCGAGCAGGACGGCCUGGACGAGGUGCGGGAGGCGUGCAGGUCCAAGGUCGACAAGGACGAGAGGCGGGCGGCCAGGGUGGUCGCAGCGUCACCUUCUGCACCCGCAUCGGCCACGGAUGCAGUCGGCGCCGGCGGCGAGCGAAAGGGACUGACCAUACGGCUUCGGCGUAAGAUCAAGACCGACGACGCCGCCGAAGCACAGCCCGACGAGCCUCCAACGACUAGGAGGACGACGAGGAGGAGGACGAGCAUCAAGGUGUCGGACAGCGAGAGCGAGGACGGAAGUGCGAGCGAUGAGGAUGGCGACAGCGAGGAAGACGAGUACAGCGACGAGGACAGUGACGACGAUGAGGAAGAGGAGGACGAGGAUGGUCAAGGAGCGGGAGAGGACGACGAUCUGUACGUCGACAACGGGCAGACGUCGCGGGCGCAUGGCCGUCCAACGCGGAGCAGCGAUCGCAAACCAGCAGCGGCGUCAGCGGCGCAUAUGGCAAGACCGACCACGGCGACGGCGACAGCGGCGGGGGGCAGGACGUUGCGGGAGCGUCGUACGAGGAGGAGCGAAGGUGCCUCUGCAUCGACGAUGCACGGGACGCCUCAACCGCUCACCGUCUCGACCACGACCAACGCCACCUCGGCAUCAUCGACGAGCAGCGGCGCGGGACCCAGGGCAAAACGCUAUCCCGCCCAUCCGGCACUGCUGCUCUCUACCCUCGACGAUUUUCCUUCCUCCUCUUCGACUUCGACUUCGACGGCGACGGCGACGACGACCAUGACGGUAGAAACGACGCUGGACCUCCUCUCCAAGACGACGCACCUCCGAACCGAAGACAUUGCCGUCGCACUGGCGGAAUGCGGUCUCGUCUCCUGUCGUCUCCCGGCGCACCCUCCAGACGCCACUGCAGCUCCGGCUACCGACGAGGGAGGGCACAGAGGGGGAGGAGAGGACGGUCAGAUGGGGAUCGUCCUGACCUCAAAGGCGGUUCGGGCCGUUGCGCGCCGUAGAAAAGUCAGAGAGGCCGUCUUGGACCCGGACUGUCUUUUGAUCUAG